CAAUGUCAUCUUCCCAGAUCCAAUCACUGACAGUAACAGAAAUAAUCAAAAAGGAAAUAUACGACCCCCUCACUAAAACACCUAUGGUCGAUGGUCCUCUGGAUCCAAGAUUGGGUCUCAGCCGCAAAAAAGGGACAAUGCCAAACAUUGAAACACUUUCCAACUGCUGCGGACACUUUGGCCAGCACAAGCUCGCACUGCCAGUGUUCCACGUGGGGUUCUUCAGGCAGACAUACACCAUCUGCCAAUCAAUCGGCAAAAAUUGCUCACGUGUCCUAAUUGAUCCUUUGAAAAAAACUAAAAUAUCUCCAAACCAUAAAAACAGUCUCCGAUUUGGGACAGAAGCGCCUGUUUACAAAAAUCACAAACGAAUGCAAGAAGAUCUCCACCUGUUUCUACUGGUCAAACACAAUGGGAAGGUCAAAAAGGCCCCUGGUCUGAAAAUAUUUCUAGAAGCGUCUGACCUGAAGGAGGACUUGAAUCCGUUAAAGUGUUUGAACUUGUUUAGAUGUAUUCCUAAGGAUGAGUAUGUUCUCCUGGGGAUCUAUCAAUCACCAGCGGAUUUAAUAAUUCAGAAUUUAAUGAUUCCCCCCGCGCAUAUUCGGCCGAAGGGAGGGUCAAAUGAGGAUGACUUAACUAUUAAAAUCAGGGAGAUAAUUCAUUGCAAACAAAUCCUAGUCAACUCUUUCCAGAGAGGCAAUCCAUACUCAGUGAUCCUGGAGGAUUGGGAUUUUAUACAGAACCAGUGUGCACAGCUGAUAUCCCCCGAUGGCACGGGAAAACAAAUCAAGGGGCUUUUGCAGAGACUGAAAGGCAAACAUUGUAGGUUCAUGGGCAAUUUAAAUAGCAAGAGGGUGGAUUUUAGUUCUAGGACUGUGAUUUCCGCAGAUCCCAAUUUAGGGGUAGAUGAAGUUGGAGUACCCAGACACAUAGCCAAGAUCCUGACUAUUCCCGAGAGGGUAGCUGGCUUCAAUAUUGAAAGGUUUAGAAAGCUGAUCAGAAAUGGAGUAAAUUAUCCCGGAGCAAAUUAUGUUAUAAAGCCUUGUUAUAGCACUGCAGAUCAGCUAACAGUCGAUGACAGCUUGGGAGAAUUGACAGUGGAACAAACACAAACGUCAAAAUACUUAAGAAUUGGAGACAUAGUUGAACGACACCUACAAGACGUUGACAUUGUCCUUUUCAAUCGUCAACCAAGUCUCCAUCGAAUGAGCAUCAUGGCACACAGAGCAAAGGUCCAUUCAGAAAAAAACUUUAAAGUUCAACGAGUGUUGCUUCAUCCAAGAAACGGAGAGCCGCUCAUUGCAGCCAUCCAGGAUUUUGUAACAGCCUCUUAUUUAUUAACAUCCAGAAACACUUUCUUUAGUUACGAAACUUUUGGUCAAUACGCGUCCGAUCUUGAAAGAAAAAUUGUGGCAAAACAAAUGGUUGCCUGUGUAGGGCAGGAAAUCAUUUCUGGAAAACGAGUUCCAAGUGGAUUUUUUAGAAGAACUCUGCCUCAUUUCGAUGUCGAUUCUAAGUUUCCUAGGGAUAAGGGUUUUCUUGCGUCGUCUUUUAGAAGUGGACUGUCUUCUAUUGAGUUUUUUUUCCAUGCCAUAAGUGGAAGAGAGGGUUUAGUCGAUACAGCAGUUAAUACUGCGGAGACAGGAUAUAUGCAAAGGAGACUCAUGAAGGCUCUAGAAGAUUUGAGUGUGAUGUAUGUUUAUACUGUGAGAGGGUCUGAUAAGAGCAUAGUACAGUAUGUUUAUGGAGAGGAGUGUGUUGAUCUUUGCUUAGUUGAGUGUGAAGAUAAGAUUAGAAUGGACGUUGUUUGUGAGAAACUGGUAUGUGAGUUGAAGAUAUUGCACAGGCAGGUGGGCAAUGACAUUCUGUUUUGUAAGCAUAGACAAGAGCCUAAAAACGAUUCGAGUUGCAUAAAUGCGAGAGAAGACUCUACGAAUUAUCAGAAGGUCGAUGAGUUUUUGGAAGGGAGAAUGGAAAGCUGUGAUUCGCUAGCUAUAAGAGACAUUUUCAGCACUCACAAAGAAAAGAUCAAGUCUGCAUUUAUGUCUAUUUACAAGUCGAAAUUAAAUAUAUUGAAAAUUGAGCCUGGCUCAGCGGUGGGAGCUCUGGCUGGUCAAAGCAUCGGGGAGCCUGGAACUCAGAUGACCGUGAAGACGUUUCACUUUGCUGGUGUUGCCAGUGUGAACAUUACCCUUGGAGUGCCAAGACUAAAGGAAAUUAUAAAUGCGGUUAAGAACAUAAAGACACCCAUAAUUAAGACUAAUUUUGUCAAGAAUUGGUGCUUGGAGGAAGCCAAAAGGGUCAAAGGUAGAAUAGACAAGAUUUAUUUGAAAGAC